UCUAUAAUAUGAAUUCAUUCAUUUAAUUCCAGUGCAAUUUUGGAAACUCCUAUAAAUAUAAAAAAAAUCUCAAUGCUAAUUGUAUCUGAAGCUAUCAACUCAAAUUAGAUUGACAAAAAAAAAUUUCCCAUAUUUUUUGGAAUUCAAACAUCAAUAAAUAUAAUCAUAAUUGGCCAAGAAUAAAUGCCGAUUGACAUAUCGCCGCCAUCAGAGAAUUUUUUGGCUAGCGCUACCACCGAGCAAGCCGUUAGACAUUUAGCCUGGAAAAAUAAAAAUCUAUCCCCAUUAUCCGUAGACUUUGACUCCACCUUCAAUAAUAAUAAAACGAUUCAUAACCUUUACAACGGUCGGAAAGCUUUGUUGUAUCCUUCCCACACCGCGAGCAGGCAUCACAUCAUCCUAUCCUCAUCGUACUCGCCCAACGGCAGCAAAAAAUAUCACCACUCCGCUACGCACUUGCCGUCCAAAAACCACCCACAACUAAAAUCUCAUAACAAUGGGCGCGAUGAAGUCAGGCUACCUAGCUAUUUGUUGGAAAGGAAUCACCAAUACACGGAUCAUUACGCCGAUAAGAGGGGCACAAAGUGCUUGACGUCCAUCUUGUCUCACCAAAAAGGAGGUUCCUAUACCCCGGCUCCUGGCAUAGAAUCGUUUUAUUUCUCAUUACCACUCGAAUGUUGUCCGGCUAAGAAGCGACAUUUUGAAAUCACGAAAGUAUCCGGCGAGGAACCGGCUUUCUCCGAAUUCCAUGUCGGAAAGGACGAUCCCGAGCCUUUAUACGAAACCGACGGCAACAUACUGAUAAUGAACGACUCGCUGAGACACCUAGGCGACGCCGCCGAUACCUCGUUUCCCAGCAAUCCGCCUUUGGACUCCGACGUAGUCGUCAUCGCGGAAUCCGUCGCGACGAAUAACGACAACCCGACUAGUGCUGGCAUUGAUCGCAGCAAGGCGAAGCGCGGACCUCCCGAUGGGGCGAAGAAAGAGGAAGAGAAAGAAACUACAUUGGAAAAAGUGACUUAUCUGCUCUCACUUCACCCCAAAUACUUUCAAACCUUUUAUAAGGCUCAUACCUUUAUGCUCAAAGGCAACGGUCCGCUCAAAUACACGGAUCGGAAUUAUAUCGCUUUAAUAGCAGCUUCCCGUUUCAAAUGUUUCCAGCUGAUAGACAACCAAGCCCGGGAAUUUAUAGAGGGCGGAGGGGACCCAUCUUGGUUGCGGAACCUUAACAACGUGCCACUCAAGUUAAGGGCCUUACAAUCACUCAACAAACUCCUAGCUCAUCAACCAUGGCUCAUCGAUAAAACCCACAUUCAAAAAUUGACCAAGGGAGGAUCCGAAGGUAACUGGUCACUUUCGGAGCUCAUUUUCGCCAUCGCAAUUAUGACUCAUUUUCACUCUCUGUGCAGUUUGAUCCACGGCUGCGCCUGGCUUUACAAUCUCGAUAGCUAUAACAAAGUUUCUUCCAAUGAUCUCGACUCGGAACCACGUGAUCUGGGUUCAAACCCUAAUGGCCACCAGUGCAGUAACGGCGAAAAUGGGACCGAUAUCGAUAUCGAUGAAAAUAUUAUUGGGCGAGUUGAUGAUGGUAGCGACUUGAAUGGCAAAAUUUUGUUAGCGGAAGAAUGUAAAGAUAUCAGCGAAAAUGAUUGGAAAGCACGUGAUCAAGUCAAGAAUAUAAUUGAAAGAAGGGCUUCUGGAAAUCGUAUUGAUGUUGAGACAGAGACGAAUGACGGGACGGUCGACGCUCUGAUAGUUAAGAUGAAGAAGUUACACCAAAGCUUUAAUAGGGCGUCUCAAGAGGAAAUGGUUAAAAGAUACGAGAAAGUUGUUGAAUUGUCUUCGCUCGAGAACGAUUAUGCGCGUCAUUCUCCCAACCAUCCCACCUCAACCAAAGUACCUGGUCACAAAUCAUCAAAUCUCAAGCACGCUAAUGUGAAUACCGCUGUAAAACCGACUAAAAAGUAUUGCGCUACUGAUAAAUUUAACCCCGAUGCCAUUAGAAAUUUUGGUUAUCUUCUGGGCGAAGAAAUUAUAGGAGAGGACAACAGUAAUUAUUGCGAACGUUUUGUCGAAGAUCCUCAUUUUGGUUAUCAAGAUUUCGCCAAACGAGGGGAUUACCCGACUAGAACUCCCACUUUCAGAAUUCAAGAUUACACAUGGGAACAUCACGGGUUUUCCUUGGUCAGUCGACUAUGUUCCGAUUUGGGCCCUUUGUUGGACGAUAAAUUCAAAACUGCCUAUCAUCUUACUUAUUCGACAAUGGGCAAGGUUCAUAACGUCGACACCUCGAUGUUCCGACGCGCAAUAUGGAAUUAUAUCCACUGUAUGUACGGUAUCCGUCACGACGAUUACGAUUAUGGUUUGGUGAAUCAAUUGCUGGCACGAAAUCUUAAAAGAUUCGUCAAAACGCUGGCUUGCUUCCCCGAACGUCUAUUCGAUGUAGGCGAUUCCAUUACCCAAAACGGUGAACAAUUUUUGACCGAUAACAAAAAUACCAAAAAUGGUAGAAACUUAGGGAACGAUGUUCAAAAAAAUGGCACUAAAUGUGAUAAUAAUGAUAUUAGUCGUGCUCGUGAUAAGGAUCACGAACGUUGUGAUAAUAAAACAAAAAGAUCUUUAGGUGCCGGUAAAAAUAAUUCUAAAAGUAAUGAUACUAGUGGCAAUAAUGCCUUUAGUGACGUCACCGGUAGCAAAGACGAAUUCAUGAAGGAUUUUCAGGAAUCUGAAAAAGUUCACGUGAAUUUGAUGAUAGUCGAAGCUAAAAUUCAAGCUCAAAUGUUAUAUGCACUCAGGGCUAUUAUGCAAUAUAUGACAUGAAAUCAUUUAUCUUUUUUUCUUUGUUUUGCUGUUGCAGUUACUAAUUACUUAUUACUAUUUUUUUGUCCCCUCACAUUUAUAUUUAUGGAAAAUCAUUUAAAAUUUAUUAUAUAGUAUAAAAAUACAAAAUAUAUGCGUAUUUAAAUAUUAGAUUAGAUUACCCCAUAAAAAUUUUUAAUCUGAAUAUAUUCUAAUGUUGUAAAAAAAAAUUUUUUAUAAAGUUUAUAAUGUGAAAUUUUUAUUAGUUAUUAUAUAAAUACAUUAUAUUUAAGAGAAAUAAUCCUUAUCCCCUGACAGGAAAUCGCUUUUAGAUAUUUAAUUUAAAUAAACGCGUGAAUUUUUAGUAUUAUAAUUAAAUAAAUUUUAUUAUUCAAUAAUAUAAAUCAAAUAUUUUACUCUAAUAAUUUAUAAACCAAUACCAUUAGCAUAGAUAUAAGUGGAUGCAAGAUAUUUAGUCGAAAUACACUCCUUCCUAUCUUCAUCUGAAAAAAAAAUAAAGUUUUUUUUAUUUGUUCUUUUAUAAUGUGUAAAUAUACUCUCCAUAUGAUAUUAUUGCACAAACAUAUUUCUCUUUAAUUAUAUUUACCACUAAAAGAUUUUAAUGUCAUUAAAAAUGCUUAAUUUUGUACCCGUAGGGUGGUCUUAUUUUGCGUUUAUUCACAAUUCUCACUUUCCCUUUUUUUUAAACAAAAUGUUUACCAUUAUUUUUGAUCAUCUUUUAAUCUUUGCGAUAAUUUAAGAAAUUUUUUUUAUAUAAAGAAUAAUUUAACUUAAAACAUACAUAAUAAUAUAUAUAUGUAGUUAUUACUAUAAAGUAA